AUGAGGCCAAAGCUGAGAAAUGAAGCUGAAAGCAAAAAUCGAAGCCAGAAGACACUUUCGCUUCAAAAGGUUUAUAUCAGAUAUUAUUGGGGAAAGAUACUUAUUGCGCUUAAUGUUACUUG